GGCACGGGCACAGUGCAUCAUGCAUCGAAACCAACAAUGUCCUGAUAACCUUGAGAUAUGACUCCGUUGCUUGAUACCAAGAAGGGCGGUGAAGCUGCUGUGACUCAAAGUCAACCACAGUCGUCUUGCGUGCCGAAGGUCAAAACGAAGUGGGAGGUUAUCACAACCGCCUUCCCACCUUUAUGUUGACAUUCAUUUGGGGGUCCAAAAACAAAUAAUUUCCGCUUGCGCUUACAACAUGCAUUUCAAUCAUGGGCUCCUCGUCUCUAUCAUACCAGGUCUGCUUACAUUGGCCCAAUAUUCACACCUUGAGCUGAGAGAGAAGCAACGAUCUGAUUUCACCGUUCCGCCAGAGCACUUUUCAGGAUCUCUUGUCACCUCUCGGAUACUCAACAUACUAGAAGAUGCUACUCCCUUCGACUUUUUCGAUCCUUUGUAUGCUGGGAAUAAGCCAUCCCAGAUUUCCCUCAAACUUCCAUACUCAGCAACAAGGGUGAUUCCGUCCAUCGAAAGACCAGAAGAGGGCUCGUGUCACUGCAGUUUUCAGUAUUUCGGUGGUGUAGCCGCCCUGAAACUUGGUGUAGAUGAGAACAUUAACAGCCCACUGGAGGGCAAACCCCCGCACCAAACUCCCGCAAUUUCAUCCGAUAUCACGCAAAGAGACCUCUCUCAUGAGAACGACAAUAGUGAGUGUAGAGGCUGCAAGGUUAUAGAUGUGGACUUCAGUAAGGAUGGUCAAGCAUUGAGAAGACCAAACUUCGGGGAGGAUUUUGCGAUUUUGCAGACUUUGCCUGAUCUCGAAUAUCCGUCGAAGGACGAAGGCCCUGAAGUCACCGAGACUAUACUUGCAAAAGGCAUAAAGGAAUUUAAAGAGAAAGAAAAAGAGAAGGAAGUGAUAGAGGAUGAUGAGAAGGACAAUCAAGCCCAACCGUCUAUUGACAGUCAAGGUAAUCUCAUCAGUCAAAACACUGUUGAGGAGCAAGAGUGCCCUGAGAUGGAUACGCAUGUCUUCCAUUGUGGUGAAUGUGGCGGACCAGAUGAGCAAGGAAAGUGUAAAGGAGAUCCCGAAUAUGAUUACGAAUUCAAGGGCUGCGAUUGUGCUCCAGAUCUCGAUUGGAGCAAAGAUAUACCUGGACUCAAGAGACCGAAUUUUGGCAGAGGGUCGGCUAGAUUGAUGAGAUUACAAGAUAUCAAGUACGCAGAUUCGUCAGACAGGGGAGCAAGUACUGUUUAGGUUCACAUGGAGAUUAAAGCAAGUCCGCCACGUCGAGCGCGCUGUUCAGUUGAAUGCAUGGAGCGGUUCAAUUUUAGAUAUGGUUUGGAAUUCGGACUAUCAAAAGUAAGACAAUGCGGCAACAAUUUCCAAACACAGUCUCUACCAUAGUCGGAGUUGUAUGGAGUCUUCUGUAUCUACUGCGCGAUAUUUGUUCUCUAUUUCCCCUUUCAUCAUCACGCAAUGGCUGUGCGGCGGGCGAGUGAGAGGGACGGGAAUGAUUACAGUAUCUCGCUUAAUUUGGCGAGCUUGGAGCAACCAACUUUCAGCCUGUCGUGUCCUCAGAAGUGGUGCCACUAUGUAUUCGCGUUGAGUUAGGUUAAUUUCAAC